CCAGAAGAUCAAUUCUCGGACCCCAAGCAUGCACCCAAAUCUAUCGCCACAGAAACCACGAGUACAGUCGAAACGCUAGAUCAUUUGUUGUCAAAUUCCAAGAGUAACUCUGUUAAAAAAAUUAGUGAUCACGGAGAAAUGAGUAAAACCAAGAACAUGCCCCCAAGUUUAUCGAAUGGAAGCGAAAAUGUCGUGAAGAAAGUGCCAGAUGUUCCCCCGCCAAAGAAAACUCGUUAUGAGGAGACGAGUCCUGAGCUCAAAAAUACAACGCAAGGGUCAGAAAGAAUGGUCACCGGUGAAGUUCGUGUGAAUAAGAGUGCGGCCGCAGCAAAGAAUGCAGAGGCUUCUACUGUGGAUAUGGGAUGCUCCCUGAAGCAAGCAGAGGACGACAUGGAGGCGAUGUUGGCAUCGUUUGUGAAUUCCUCUCCCGACUCGGAUGAAUUAGAUCAUUACGAGCUCUAGAUAUGCGAAUACAGGCCCGUACCCAGGAUUAUUCUUGGGGGCGUGCGAAAUCC